AAUGUGACAGGUCCUUUAGCAAUGGCUCAACCCUUAAGAAGCCAUAAAACUAUUCAUACUGGGGAAAAACCUUACAGAUGUGAAGAAUGUGACAAGUGCUUUAUUAAAAUAUCAAGUCUUAGAAGUCAUAAAAAUAUUCAUACUGGGGAGAAACCAUAUAAAUGUCGAGAAUGUGACAAGUGCUUUACUCAAAGGUCAAGUCUUGGAAGUCAUAGAAAUAUUCAUACUGGGGAAAAACCCUACAGGUGUGAAGAAUGUGACAAGUGCUUUACCAGGGCCUCACAUCUUAGACGUCAUAAAACUAUUCAUACUGGGGAAAAACCCUACAGAUGUGAAGAAUGUGACAGAUCCUUUAGCAAUGGCUCAAGCCUUAGAAGUCAUAAAAUUAUUCACACUGGGGAGAAACCCUACAAAUGUGAAGAAUGUGACAAGUAUUUUAACAAAGCCUCAAAUCUUAGAUGCCACAAAAAUAUUCAUACUGGGAAGAAACCCUACAAAUGUGCAGAAUGUGGUAAGUCCUUUAACCACGCCUCACAUCUUAGUUGUCAUAAAAGGACUCAUACUAGAGAGAAACCCUACAGAUGUGACGAAUGUGGCAAGUUCUUAACUACGCGCUCAUCACUUGAGACUCAUUACAGAAUUCAUACUGGAGAGAAACCCUACAAAUGUGAAGAAUGUGGUAAGUCCUUUAACCACGCCUCAUAUCUUAGACAUCAUAAAAGGACUCAUACUGGAGAGAAACCCUACAGAU